CAAACCACGGAAAAAGAUUCAAUUUCUUUCUCUCAGAUCCUUCAUAUUGUUCUUCCAUCCCUUCCAUCCCAUCUUUAUAUUGUUCUUGUUCUUGUGUUUGUGUUUGACUCUUUACUCUCACACAUUCAUUCUUAUAUCUACCAGGUAUAGGUAUAGGUAUCUCUUCUUCAUCCUACACAAACCAAUCCAUCGACCACUACCCAAGUCUACCGAGUAUGCUAUGAGUUUUCACUGGAUCCAGAUAUAAAACAAAAAAGACUCAAGGGCUCAUCACGCUGGACAGCUGUUCCGACUGUCUGUUGUCCUGUCCAAGACGUCUCUUCUGCAGGAACAAGUCUCUUUCUUUUCAUUGACCAAUUCAUCAAGCAGAUAUCAGAAGUUCUGAGCCAAUCAUCUAAUAAUAUUGGCUAAUGUCCCGUCCCGACAAAUCAGCAUCAGUUGUCCGUAUCGGGAAUUGAAAUAAGCUUCCUCUUUCUACCGUCCCUUCCAGCUCCUUUCUCUUCCUUCCAUCAAGAACUUCUACCAUGACUACUAUCAAGACUAAAUCACAUGAUACCACUAUUGUUACUUCACCAACAAUCGAUACUGGUGUUACAUUGUUACAUCACAUCAGUUCAAUUCAAUCAACAUCAAAUAUCCAUCGUAUCUAUUCAACUAACACUAUCAUGUCAACUUCUGAUGCGUCCAUUUUCAAGCCUGCUCUAAUUGUUGUAGAUCUUCAAGAGGAUUUUUUACCUCCAAAUGGUUCUUUAGCUGUGACCAAUGGUAGAGAUACGAUUCCUAUCAUCAAUAGCCUCCUCAGUCUUCCAUUUCACCUCAAGGUCGCCACCAAAGAUUGGCAUCCUUCAAAUCAUACAUCUUUUGCUUCAAACCAUGCAGGUAAACAGCCAUUUGCAGAUUUUACCACGAUCACCAACCCAUCCAAUCCUUCCGAGACGUAUCAGACACGUCUCUGGCCACCUCAUUGCAUUCAGGAUACGCUCGGCUCCGAGUUCCCAUUUGAAUUGGACACAACCAAGUUUACCCAAACUAUUCUCAAGGGACAAAAUCCCGAUGUAGAAAUGUAUUCGGCAUUUUACGAUCCCUUGAAGAGUCCUCGGUGUAGUGAUAGUGGAUUAGCAGCCCAUUUGAAAAAUGAGGGAAUAACCCAUGUCUACGUAGUAGGUCUAGCUGCCGAUUAUUGUGUCAAGUGCACUGCCGAGGAUUCCGCGGCGGAAGGUUUCAAAACUUUCAUUCUGGAAGAGGGAACUCGGGCCGUUGAUCCCAAAUCAUGGAAGACUAUGAAGCUGGGUUUGAAAGGUGUCAAAGUUGUGAGUGUGACUGGAGAGGAAGUCAAUCAAGUAAGAAGGUUUAGCAAUUGAGGGAAGAUCUAGCACGGAUGUCAAAUUACAAUUCGGUCUUUUUUCAAUGACUGUUGGUUGUGCCGAAGAUGUGCUGAAAGCAAAAUCAUGCAAGUAUCUCAGGUGGUGACACCGAGUACAAUGUCCGUACUUCAAUAACCUUCUUUAUGAAGGGGAAGUCACUGUAUUGCAAACAUACCAUUUAAAAAAAAUUAAAAUCAUAGAAAUAUCAACCAGAUAUCACAACAUUAUCUACAACUUUUCAAAUUGCAACCUUGAAUCAUGUAGUACCACAAUCUCCUUGUCUCUUCCCUCUCCACGAAAUUUCCCUUAUGAUGGCGUGAAAAGAUAACUACUCAGGUUAUUGGCAUAACAUCAUA